UCCCCCUCGCCCCUUUCUCUCGCGGUUUGGGAGGAGGAGACAGCGAGAGGGGGAGAGGAGAGAGAGAGAGAGGGGGGCUCGCUGCGCGUCGGCGGCGGCUGUGAUGGGGAGCUGGGAGCAGCGAGGCGGCGAGCAGUAGCGGCGGCGGCAGCUCGGAGCCAGCCCGAGAGUAGGCGCUCCUCCCGGCAGGCUGCGCUGUGAUCGGGGCUGCACAUUGGAAUCCCGCGCCCCCUUCCCCCUCCGUCCGCUGCUGUUCUCCUCCUCCCGGCUACCCUCCUCCGUCUGCGUGCCGGCAGCCGGUAUCCAGAGCGCGGAGCACCCAGAGCCUCCGCUUGGGGCUCCGGUGCCGGCGAGCGCGCGGGGAGCUCGGCGGCGGCAGCGGAGCGGCGGCGGAGUGGCCAGCUCGCCCCGGGCUGGAGCGCCGCCGGGAGAGAGAGGAAGACCACGGGGGAAGCGCCUGCAGGAGCCGUGGAUCGCCGGCGGAGGCAAGGGAUGGAAGUAUGAUGUGAUGGAUAGAACUAUGGGAUACUGUGUGGGUACACGGCCUCCUCCUUCUUGCCUCAUCCUCCUGCUUCUCAAGCUCUUGGCCACUGCCUGCCAGGGGCUGCCGGGGACCGGGCCCCUGGGCUUCCACUUCACACAUUCCGUUUACAAUGCUACGGUGCAUGAGAACUCGGCAGCCAGGACCUACAUCAACAGUCAGAGUAGGAUGGGCAUCACCUUAAUUGACCUGUCCUGGGAUAUCAAAUACAGAAUCGUCUCUGGAGACGAGGAAGGCUUUUUCAAAGCCGAGGAGGUCAUCAUUGCCGAUUUCUGUUUUCUCAGAAUAAGAACUAAAGGUGGGAAUUCUGCCAUACUGAACAGGGAGAUUCAGGACAAUUAUUUAUUGAUCAUCAAAGGCUCUGUCCGAGGGGAGGAUUUGGAAGCAUGGACCAAAGUGAAUAUCCAGGUUUUAGAUAUGAACGAUCUCAGGCCUCUGUUUUCACCCACCACCUACUCUGUUACAAUAGCGGAAAGCACACCUCUGAGGACUAGUGUGGCCCAGGUGACGGCCACAGACGCGGAUAUCGGUUCCAACGGGGAAUUCUACUACUACUUCAAAAGCAAAGUUGACCUCUUUUCAGUUCACCCCACGAGUGGUGUCAUCUCUUUGAGCGGACGGUUAAAUUACGAUGAAAAGAACAGGUACGAUCUGGAAAUCUUGGCUGUGGACCGGGGGAUGAAACUCUACGGAAACAACGGAGUGAGCAGCACUGCCAAGCUCUAUGUUCACAUUGAACGGAUCAACGAGCACGCCCCAACGCUCCACGUCGUCACCCAUGUUCCUUUCUCGCUGGACAGAGAGCCAACCUACGCGGUGGUGACAGUCGAUGACCCGGAUGAGGGGGCCAAUGGAGAGAUCGAGUCUGUUUCCAUUGUGGCCGGGGACCCUUUAGAUCAGUUCUUCCUGGCCAAGGAAGGAAAGUGGAUCCACGAGUAUAAGAUCAAGGAGAGAAAACCGGUCGACUGGGAGAGCCUUCCCUACGGCUGCAACCUCACGCUUCAAGCAAAAGACAAGGGUUCGCCUCAGAAAUCCUCUGCCGUAAAGACAGUCCACAUUGCCAACCCCAGGAGGGAAACGGUCCCCAUUAGGUUUGAAAAAGAAAUGUACGAUGUGAGCAUCAGUGAGUUUUCCCCUCCCGGUGUUGUGGUUGCUAUAGUAAAGCUAAGUCCCGAACCGCUGGAUGUGGAAUACAAAUUGUCUCCCGGGGAGGAUGCACAGUACUUCAAAAUUAAUCCUCGGUCAGGUCUGAUUGUCACAGCGCAGCCGCUGAACACCGUUAGGAAGGAGGUGUAUAAACUGGUGGUGACCAACAGGGAGGGGGAUUUAAAAGCACAGGUCACCAUCGGCAUAGAAGACGCCAACGACCACACCCCGGAGUUCCAGCAGCCGCUGUACGAUGCUUUUGUGAACGAAAGUGUUCCCGUGGGAACGACCGUUCUGAUGGUUUCCGCUUCCGACAAGGAUAAAGGAGAAAAUGGGUACAUCACCUACAGCAUUGCCAGCCUGAAUAUGUUGCCCUUUGCCAUUAACCAGUUUACCGGGGUGAUCAGCACCACGGAAGAGCUGGAUUUUGAGUCCUCUCCAGAAACGUACAGGUUCAUCGUCAGAGCCUCUGACUGGGGUUCCCCCUAUCGCCAUGAGAGUGAGGUGAACGUGACCAUUCAGAUAGGAAACGUCAAUGACAACACCCCUCUCUUUGAGAAGGUGGCCUGCCAGGGAGUUCUUUCCUAUGAUUUCCCAGUGGGGGGUCACAUCACGGCCGUCUCGGCCAUCGAUAUUGAUGAACUUGAACUGGUGAAGUACAAGAUCAUCUCUGGGAAUGAACUUGGUUUCUUUUAUUUAAACCCCGACUCUGGCGUUUUACAGCUGAAAAAGUCACUGAUGAAUUCCGGCCUGAAAAACGGUCAGUUUGCCCUCAGGAUUACAGCAACCGAUGGGGAGCACUUUGCGGACCCCAUGUCCGUGAACAUCUCAGUCCUGCACGGGAAGGUGUCUUCAAAGAGCUUCAGCUGCCGAGAAACGCGUGUGGCUCAAAAGCUGGCAGAGAAACUGCUCCUUAAGGCAAAAGCAAACGGGAAACUGAAUCUGGAGGAUGGAUUUUUUGAUUUUUAUUCCAUUAAUAGGCAAGGGCCACAUUUUGACAAGUCCUUUCCCUCCGACGUGGCUGUGAAGGAGAAUCUUCCCGUUGGUGCUAACAUCUUGAAGAUUAAAGCCUACGAUGCCGACUCUGGCUUCAAUGGGAAGGUGCUAUUUACAAUCUCGGAUGGCAAUAUAGAUAGUUGCUUUAAUAUUGACAUGGAGACCGGGCAACUAAAAGUCCUUAUGCCCAUGGAUCGAGAGCACACAGACCUCUAUCUCCUCAACAUCACCAUCUAUGACUUAGGAAACCCACAGAAAUCUUCGUGGAGGUUGCUGACCAUCAAUGUGGAGGAUGCUAAUGACAACAGCCCCAUUUUCCUUCAAGACAGUUACAUGGUUAACAUCCUGGAAAGUUCCAGUAUCGGCACUGAGAUUAUACAAGUGGAAGCCAGGGACAAAGACCUGGGCUCUAACGGUGAAGUGACUUACUCAGUCUUGACAGACACACAGCAGUUUGCCAUCAACAGCUCCACUGGCAUCGUUUAUGUAGCCGAUCAGUUAGACCGGGAAUCCAAAGCAAACUACUCAUUAAAAAUAGAGGCCAGAGACAAGGCGGAGAGUGGCCAGCAGCUCUUUUCCGUUGUCACACUGAAGGUGUUUUUGGAUGAUGUCAACGACUGCUCCCCAGCCUUCAUCCCCAGCAGCUACAGCGUGAAGGUUCUGGAAGAUCUUCCCGUGGGCACUGUCAUCGCUUGGCUGGAGACCCACGAUCCAGAUCUUGGACUGGGGGGUCAAGUGCGCUAUUCUUUGGUCAAUGACUACAAUGGGAGGUUUGAGAUCGAUAAAGCAAGUGGCGCCAUCCGUUUGAGCAAAGAGCUGGAUUACGAAAAGCAGCAGUUCUACAAUCUCACGGUCCGGGCAAAGGACAAAGGGCGGCCUGUGUCUCUGUCGUCGGUUUCCUUUGUGGAGGUGGAGGUGGUGGAUGUCAAUGAAAACCUCCACACCCCCUAUUUCCCAGACUUCGCCGUGGUUGGAUCUGUAAAAGAAAACUCACGCGUUGGAACGAGUGUGCUGCAGGUGGCUGCCCGAGACGAGGACUCUGGGAGGGACGGGGAGAUCCAGUACUCCAUCCGGGAUGGCAGUGGUCUGGGAAGGUUCAGCAUAGACGAUGAAAGCGGAGUCAUCUCUACUGCAGACAUCCUGGACCGAGAGACAACAGGGUCCUACUGGCUGACAGUGUAUGCCACGGACCGGGGCGUGGUUCCCCUCUAUUCCACUAUUGAGGUCUACAUUGAAAUUGAGGACGUGAAUGACAAUGCCCCGCUGACCUCGGAACCUAUUUAUUAUCCUGUCGUCAUGGAAAACUCUCCCAAGGAUGUAUCUGUCAUUCAGAUUCAGGCUGAGGAUCCUGACUCCAGUUCCAAUGAAAAGUUGACAUACAGGAUUACAAGUGGGAAUCCUCAGAAUUUUUUUGCCAUCAAUAUCAAAACAGGUCUGAUUACAACAACUUCAAGGAAACUGGAUCGAGAACAACAGGCAGAACAUUUUCUGGAGGUGACAGUUUCCGAUGGCGGUUCCUCUCCAAAACAGUCAACCAUUUGGGUGGUGGUCCAGGUUUUGGAUGAAAAUGACAACAAGCCCCAAUUCCCCGAGAAGGUCUACCAGAUCAAGCUACCAGAACGUGACCGGAAGAAAAGGGGAGAACCCAUUUAUAGAGCUUUUGCAUUUGAUAGAGAUGAGGGCCCCAAUGCCGAAAUCUCCUACAGUAUAGUGGAUGGGAAUGAUGACGGGAAGUUCUUUAUUGACCCUAAAACUGGAAUGGUUUCUUCCAGAAAGCAAUUUACAGCGGGGAGUUAUGACAUCCUAACGAUAAAGGCAGUGGACAAUGGGCGCCCACAGAAAUCCUCCACGGCCCGUCUCCACAUUGAAUGGAUCAAAAAACCACCCCCUUCGUCUAUACCGCUAACCUUCGAUGAGCCGUUUUAUAACUUCACAGUCAUGGAGAGCGAUAGAGUCACUGAGAUUGUGGGGGUUGUGUCUGUGCAGCCAGCUAACACCCCUCUGUGGUUUGACAUAGUUGGGGGGAAUUUUGACAGCUCUUUUGACGCAGAGAAGGGUGUCGGGACCAUUGUCAUUGCCAAACCUCUGGAUGCAGAGCAGAGAUCCAUUUACAAUAUGACUGUGGAAGUCACAGAUGGGACAAACGUCGCUGUCACUCAGGUAUUUAUCAAAGUGCUGGAUAAUAAUGACAACGGCCCGGAAUUCUCUCAGCCGAGUUACGAUGUGACAAUUUCCGAGGACGUGCUCCCCGACACAGAGAUCCUGCAGAUCGAGGCCACAGACCGAGAUGAGAAGCACAAGCUGAGCUACACGGUGCACAGCAGCAUCGACGCCGCCAGCAUGAGGAAAUUCCGGAUGGACCCCAGCACCGGCGUGCUCUACACUGCCGAGCGUCUGGACCACGAGGCCCAGGACAAGCACAUCCUCAACGUCAUGGUCAGAGAUCAGGAGUUUCCUUAUCGAAGAAACUUGGCCCGAGUCAUUGUGAAUGUGGAAGAUGCUAAUGAUCACAGUCCUUACUUUACCAACCCACUGUAUGAAGCGUCUGUCUUUGAAUCGGCUGCUCUGGGAUCAGCUGUUCUGCAAGUGACGGCUCUGGACAAAGACAAAGGGGAAAAUGCAGAACUCAUAUAUACCAUAGAAGCAGGGAACACUGGGAAUACAUUUAAGAUUGAACCAGUCCUGGGCAUCAUCACCAUUUCCAAAGAACCAGACAUGACGACUAUGGGUCAGUUUGUCUUGUCAAUCAAAGUCACAGACCAGGGUUCCCCACCCAUGUCUGCCACCGCAAUUGUGCGCAUUUCUGUCACCAUGUCUGAUAAUUCUCACCCCAAGUUCCUUCAGAAAGACUACCAAGCAGAAGUAAAUGAAAAUGUUGAUAUUGGAACAUCGGUCAUUCUGAUCUCUGCGAUUAGCCAAUCUACCCUCAUUUAUGACGUCAAAGAUGGAAACAUAGAUGGGAUCUUUACCAUAAAUCCAUACUCUGGAGUCAUCACUACCCGGAAAGCACUGGAUUAUGAGCAAACUUCCACUUACCAACUCACUGUACAGGCCACGAACAUGGCAGGAAUGGCUUCCAAUGUCUCCGUCAAUAUUCAGAUUGUUGAUGAAAAUGAUAAUGCCCCUGUUUUCCUCUUUUCUCAAUAUUCGGGCAGCCUGAGUGAGGCUGCCCCAGUUAAUAGCAUUGUCAGGAGCCUAGAUAACAGCCCCCUGGUCAUUCGGGCCACCGAUGCCGACAGCAACCGGAACGCUCUGCUUGUGUAUCAGAUCGUCGAGUCCACAGCCAAGAAGUUCUUCACGGUGGACUCCAGUACAGGGGCCAUCCGAACGAUUGCCACCCUGGACCACGAAACCAUCUCCCGAUUUCAUUUCCACGUGCACGUGAGAGACAGCGGCAGCCCUCAGCUGACUGCAGAGAGUCCCGUUGAGGUCAGCAUAGAGGUGACCGAUGUGAAUGAUAAUCCGCCUGUUUUCACCCAGGCUGUGUUUGAGACUGUCCUGCUGCUACCUACCUACGUUGGAGUGGAGGUUCUGAAAGUCGGUGCCACAGAUCCCGACUCCGAGGUGCCCCCUGAACUGAUCUACAGCCUACUGGAAGGCAGCGUGGAUCACUUUGCAAUGGACUCAAAUACCGGGGUGCUCUCCAUAAAAAACAACAACCUCUCCAAAGACCACUACGCGCUGAUCGUCAAAGUUUCGGACGGGAAGUUCUACAGCACGUCCAUGGUCACCAUCUCGGUGAAAGAAGCCAUGGACAGCGGCCUCCACUUCACACAAAGCUUUUACUCCACCUCAAUCUCAGAGAACAACACUAACAUAACCAAAGUUGCUAUUGUCAAUGCCAUUGGAAAUCGCCUUAAUGAGCCCUUAAAAUAUAGCAUUCUAAACCCAGGAAAUAAGUUCAAGAUAAAAUCUACCUCAGGAGUCAUCCAGACCACCGGAGUCCCCUUCGACCGUGAGGAACAGGAGUUAUACGAGCUGGUGGUAGAAGCCAGCCGUGAGAUGGACCAUUUGCGCGUGGCCAGGGUGGUGGUCAGAGUCAGCAUCGAAGACAUCAAUGACAAUUCUCCAGUCUUCGUGGGCCUCCCUUACUAUGCUGCUGUGCAAGUGGAUGCUGAGCCAGGGACUCCGAUUUACCGGGUGACGGCCAUUGACAAAGAUAAAGGUGCAAAUGGAGAAGUGACCUAUGUCCUACAGGAUGACUAUGGCCACUUUGAAAUUAACCCUGUUUCGGGGAAUGUUAUUUUAAAAGAAGCAUUCAACUCUGACUUGUCCAACAUCGAGUACGGUGUCACCAUCCUAGCCAAAGAUGGUGGAAAACCUUCUUUGUCCACAUUCGUAGAACUUCCCAUCACUAUUGUCAACAAAGCCAUGCCUGUGUUUGAUAAGCCCUUCUAUACAGCAUCCGUCAAUGAAGACAUCAGAAUAGAUACCCCUAUCCUGAGCAUCAAUGCCACCAGUCCAGAAGGCCAAGGCAUCAUAUAUAUCAUUAUCGAUGGGGAUCUUUAUAAACAAUUUAACAUAGACUUUGACACCGGGGUCCUGAAAGUCGUUAGCCCUUUGGAUUAUGAAGUUACACCUGUUUACAAGUUGACGGUAAGAGCCAGCGACGCCCUUACCGGUGCCAGGGCUGAAGUCACCGUUGACUUGUUUGUUAAUGAUGUAAAUGACAACCCCCCUGUUUUUGACCAGCUUGCAUACAACACAACACUGACAGAAGCAUCUCUCAUUGGGACGCCUGUGUUGCAGGUUGUUUCCACUGAUGUGGACUCGGAAAACAAUAAGAUGGUUCACUAUCAGAUUGUCCAGGACACUUACAACAGCACCGAUUAUUUCCACAUAGAUAGCACCAGUGGCUUAAUCCUGACGGCGAGGAUGCUGGACCAUGAGUCCGUGCAACACUGCACUUUGAAAGUCAGAGCAACCGACAGUGGCUUCCCGUCGCUGAGCAGUGAGGUCCUGGUUCACAUCUACAUCUCAGACAUCAACGACAACCCUCCUGUGUUUAACCAGCUCAUCUAUGAGUCCUACGUGAGUGAAUUAGCCCCCCGGGGCCAUUUUGUGACCUGUGUGCAAGCCUCCGAUGCCGACAGUUCCGACUUCGACCGGUUGGAAUAUAGCAUUUUGUCUGGGAAUGACCGGACGAGCUUUCUGAUGGACAGCAAGCGCGGCGUCAUCACCCUAUCCAACCACCGCAAACAGCGGAUGGAGCCUCUGUACAGCCUCAAUGUGUCUGUCUCCGACGGGUUGUUCACUAGCACUGCCCAGGUGCAUAUUAGGGUGCUGGGGGCUAACCUGUACAGCCCCACCUUUUCACAAAGCACCUAUGUAGCUGAGGUGCGAGAGAACGCGGCUGCUGGGACAAAGGUGAUUCAUGUGCGAGCCACAGAUGGGGACCCGGGGACCUACGGCCAGAUCAGCUACGCCAUCGUCAAUGACUUUGCGAAGGACCGAUUCCUCAUAGACAGCAACGGGCAAGUCAUCACCACAGAAAGGCUCGACCGGGAAAACCCUCUGGAAGGCGACAUCAGUAUUUUCUUGAGGGCCCUGGAUGGUGGGGGGAGAACGACCUUCUGCACCGUGAGGGUGAUUGUCGUGGACGAAAAUGACAACGCUCCCCAGUUCAUGACGGUGGAAUACAGGGCCAGCGUCAGGGCAGACGUGGGCCGGGGCCACUUGGUCACGCAGGUGCAGGCCGUGGAUCCAGAUGAUGGAGCCAACUCCAGGAUCACUUACUCCCUGUACAGCGAGGCCUCGGUCUCCGUGGCCGACCUGCUGGAGAUUGACCCCGACAACGGUUGGAUGGUCACCAAGGGCAGCUUUAACCAGCUGAGAAACACCGUGCUGUCCUUCUUUGUCAAAGCCGUCGAUGGGGGCAUUCCGGUAAAGCACUCCCUCAUCCCCGUCUACAUCCACGUCUUGCCCCCUGAAACAUUCUUGCCGUCCUUCACCCAGUCUCAGUAUUCCUUCACCGUGGCAGAAGACACAGCCAUCGGGAGCACAGUGGAUACCCUAAGGAUUUUGCCGAGCCAGAACGUCCAGUUCAGCACAGUAAAUGGGGAACGUCUGGAAAAUAACAAAGGGGGUGUCUUCGUCAUAGAACGGGACACAGGCACCAUCAAGCUGGACAAACGCCUGGACCACGAAGUCAGCCCAGCGUUCCACUUUAAAGUAGCAGCCACUAUACCCCUGGACAAGGUAGACAUCGUGUUUACUGCGGACGUGGACAUCAAGGUGUUGGAUUUGAAUGACAACAAGCCCGUCUUUGAGACGUCCAGCUAUGAGACCACGAUCAUGGAAGGAAUGCCUGUCGGCACCAAGCUCACCCAGGUGAGAGCCAUCGAUAUGGAUUGGGGAGCUAACGGGCAGGUCACGUACUCCCUGCACUCCGAUUCCCAGCCCGAAAAGGUAAUGGAAGCGUUCAAUAUUGACAGCAACACCGGCUGGAUCAGUACCUUGAAGGACCUGGAUCACGAGACAGACCCCUCCUUCACCUUCUCCGUGGUGGCGUCUGACCUUGGGGAGGCCUUCUCCCUUUCUGCCACGGCCGUGGUCUCUGUCAGGGUGACAGAUAUAAACGACAAUGCACCCGUCUUUGCUCAUGAUGUGUACCAAGGGAACGUGAAGGAGAGCGACCCUCCGGGCGAGGUGGUGGCCGUCCUCAGCACAUGGGACCGAGACACUUCCGACAUCAAUCGCCAAGUGAGCUACCACAUUACAGGAGGGAAUCCCCGAGGAAGAUUUGCCCUGGGGCUGGUGCAGAGUGAGUGGAAAGUCUAUGUGAAGAGGCCUCUAGACAGGGAAGAACAAGACGCUUACUUCCUCAAUAUCACGGCCACCGAUGGGCUCUUUGUCACACAGGCCAUGGUGGAAGUGACUGUCAGCGACGUGAAUGACAAUAGCCCAGUGUGUGAUCAGGUUGCAUAUACAGCAUUAUUUCCUGAAGACAUUCCCUCAAAUAAAAUCAUCCUGAAGGUCAGUGCCCAGGAUGCCGAUAUUGGAUCCAAUGGAGAUAUAGGAUACUCACUGUAUGGAUCUGGACACAGUGAAUUUUUUCUAGAUCCAGAAAGUGGCCAGUUAAAAACUUCAUCACCGCUAGACCGGGAGAGAGUCCCUGCGUACAACCUGGUCGCCAGGGCCACCGACGGGGGUGGCAGAUUCUGCCAAUCCGACAUCCACUUGAUCCUGGAGGACGUGAACGAUAACCCCCCUGUGUUUUCUUCCGACCACUACCACGCCUGUGUCUAUGAGAACACAGCCACGAAGGCUCUGCUGACCAGAGUUCAAGCCGUGGAUCCCGACAUUGGCAUCAACAGGAAGGUCGUGUACUCCCUGGCAGACUCGGCCGGUGGGUUCUUCUCCAUCGACGCGUCGUCCGGCAUCAUCAUCCUGGAGCAGCCGCUGGACCGAGAGCAGCAGCCCUCCUACAACAUCAGUGUGCGGGCCACGGACCAGAGCCCCGGGCGGGCCCUGUCCUCCCUCGCCACCGUCACCAUCACCGUCCUGGACAUCAACGACAACCCGCCUGUGUUCGAAAGGAGGGACUACCUGGUGACAGUGCCCGAAGACACCUCCCCGGGCACCCAGGUCCUUACGGUUUUCGCCACCAGCAAAGACAUUGGCACCAAUGCUGAGAUCACGUAUCUCAUUCGGUCUGGGAAUGAGCAAGGGAAAUUCAGGAUCAACCCAAGGACAGGGGGUAUUUUAGUCUCUGAAGUCCUGGACUAUGAAUUAUGCAAAAAGUUUUACCUGGUGGUGGAAGCUAAAGAUGGGGGCACGCCAGCUCUCAGCGCCGUGGCCACCGUCAACAUCAACCUCACCGAUGUGAAUGACAAUCCUCCCAAGUUCAGCCAAGAUGUCUACAGCGCUGUCAUCAGCGAAGACGCCUCGGUUGGGGACUCUGUCAUUUUGCUAAUAGCAGAAGAUGCAGAUAGCCAGCCCAACGGACAGAUUGGUUUUUCCAUUGUGAGUGGCGAUCGGGACAAUGAAUUUGCUGUGGAUCCUGUCUUGGGACUUGUGAAGGUUAAGAAGAAAUUGGACCGGGAACGGGUGUCCGGAUACUCCCUGCUGGUCCAGGCGGCGGACAGUGGUGUUCCUGUGAUGUCGUCAACUGCCACCGUUAACAUCGACAUCUCUGACGUGAACGACAACGGCCCCGUCUUCACACCUGCUAACUACACCGCUGUGAUUCAGGAAAAUAAGCCAGUAGGCACCAGCAUUUUGCAGCUGGUGGUGACAGACAGAGACUCCUUCCACAACGGGCCUCCUUUCUCGUUCUCUAUUUUGUCGGGAAACGAAGAGGAGGAGUUUGUGUUGGACCCGCAUGGGACGCUGCGGUCGGCCGUGGUCUUCCGGCACACGGAGUCUCCGGAGUACCUGCUGCGGGUCCAGGCAAAAGACUCAGGCAAACCCCAGCAGGUUUCUCACUCCUACAUCCGCGUGCGGGUCAUUGAGGAAAGUAUCCACAAGCCCACGGCCAUUCCUCUGGAGAUCUUCAUUGUCACCAUGGAGGAUGACUUCCCGGGUGGCGUCAUCGGGAAGAUCCACGCCACAGACCAAGACAUGUACGACGUGCUCACGUUUGCCCUGAAAUCCGAGCAGAAGAGCCUGUUCAAGGUGAACAGUCACGACGGGAAAAUCAUCGCCCUGGGAGGCCUGGACAGCGGCAAGUACGUCCUGAACGUGUCGGUGAGUGACGGCCGCUUCCAGGUGCCCAUCGACGUGGUCGUGCACGUGGAGCAGCUGGUGCACGAGAUGCUGCAGAACACCGUCACCAUCCGCUUCGAGAACGUGUCCCCCGAGGACUUUGUGGGGCUGCACAUGCACGGCUUCCGGCGCGCCCUGCGGAACGCGGUGCUCACCCAGAAGCAGGACAGCCUGCACAUCAUCAGCAUCCAGCCCGUGGCGGGCACCGGCCAGCUGGACAUGCUGUUUGCCGUGGAGAUGCACAGCAGCGAGUUCUACAAGCCGGCCUACCUCAUCCAGAAGCUGUCCAGCGCCAGGAGGCACCUGGAGAACGCCAUGCGCAUCGCGGCCAUCCUGGAGAAGAACUGCUCGGGGCUGGACUGCCAGGAGCAGCACUGCGAGCAGGGCCUGUCGCUCGAUUCCCACGCCCUCAUGACCUACAGCACGGCUCGCAUCAGCUUCGUGUGUCCGCGUUUCUACCGGAACGUGCGCUGCACCUGUAAUGGAGGACUGUGCCCGGGGUCCAAUGAUCCUUGCAUAGAGAAGCCGUGCCCAGGGGACAUGCAGUGCGUCGGUUACGAAGCCAGCUGGAGACCGUUCCUCUGCCAGUGUCCACCGGGGAAGCUCGGAGAGUGCUCAGGGCACACUUCACUCAGCUUUGCUGGAAACAGUUUCAUCAAAUACCGGCUUUCUGAGAACAGCAACGAAGAGGACUUCAAGCUGGGUCUGCGUCUGCGCACACUGCAGAGCAACGGGAUUAUCAUGUACACCAGAGCAAAUCCCUGCAUAAUUCUGAAGAUCAUGGACGGGAAGCUGUGGUUCCAGCUGGACUGUGGCAGUGGCCCCGGGCUCCUGGGCAUCUCGGGCCGCGCGGUCAACGAUGGGAGCUGGCACUCGGUCUUCCUGGAGCUCAACCGCAAUUUCACCAGCCUGUCCCUGGACGACAGCUACGUGGAGCGGCGCCGGGCGCCCCUCUACUUCCAGACGCUGAGCGCCGAGAGCACCAUCUACUUCGGGGCGCUGGUGCAGGCGGAGAGCGUCCGCAGCCUGGCCGACGCGCGGGUCACGCAGGUGCUGAGCGGCUUCCAGGGCUGCCUGGACUCCGUGGUGCUGAACAACAACGAGCUGCCCCUGCAGAACAAGCGCAGCAGCUUUGCCGAGGUGGUGGGCCUGACCGAGCUGAAGCUGGGCUGCGUGCUCUACCCGGACGCCUGCGAGCGCAGCCCCUGCCAGCACGGGGGCAGCUGCGCCGGCCUGCCCUCCGGGGGCUAUCAGUGUUCCUGUCUCUCACAGUUCACUGGGAGAAACUGUGAAUCAGAGAUCACAGCCUGCUUCCCAAACCCUUGUCGGAACGGAGGCUCCUGCGACCCCAUAGGAAAUACUUUCAUCUGCAGUUGCAAAGCUGGGCUCACUGGAGUCACGUGCGAAGAGGACAUCGACGAGUGUGAGCGGGAGGAGUGCGAGAACGGCGGCUCCUGCGUGAACGUGUUCGGCGCCUUCGUGUGCAACUGCACGCCGGGCUUCGCGGGCCCGCGCUGCGCGCUGCGCCCCGUGCUGGUGCCCAACAUCCAGGCGGGCCACGCCUACGUGGGUAAGGAGGAGCUCAUCGGCAUCGCCGUGGUCCUCUUCGUCAUCUUCAUCCUGGUGGUCCUGUUCAUCGUCUUCCGCAAGAAGGUCUUCCGCAAGCACUACUCCCGCAACAACAUCACGCUGGUGCAGGACCCCGCGGCGGCUGCCCUGCUGCACAAGAGCAAUGGUGUGCCCUUCCGGAGCCUGCGGGGCGCGGGGGAUGGCCGCAACCUCUACCAGGAGGUGGGGCCCCCGCAGGUGCCCGUGCGGCCCAUGGCCUACACCCCUUGCUUCCAGAGCGACUCCAGGAGCAACCUGGACAAGAUCGUGGACGGGCUCGGGGGCGGCGAGCACCAGGAGAUGACCACCUUCCACCCCGAGUCGCCGCGCAUCCUGACGGCCAGGCGCGGGGUGGUAGUGUGCAGCGUGGCCCCCAACCUGCCCGCUGUGUCGCCCUGCCGCUCCGACUGCGAUUCCAUUCGGAAGAAUGGCUGGGAUGCGGGAUCUGAGAACAAAGGAGUUGAUGACCCGGGAGAAGUGACCUGCUUUGCAGGCAGCAAUAAAGGCAGCAACUCUGAAGUGCAGUCCCUGAGCUCCUUCCAGUCGGAUUCUGGCGACGACAAUGCGUCCAUAGUGACUGUCAUUCAGCUUGUCAACAAUGUAGUUGACACUAUAGAAAAUGAAGUGUCUGUCAUGGAUCAAGGACAGAACUACAACCGAGCCUAUCACUGGGACACCUCUGACUGGAUGCCGGCCGCCCGCCUGUCGGACAUCGAGGAGGUGCCCAACUACGAGAACCAGGAGGGAGGCUCUGCCCACCAGGGCAGCACGCGGGAGCUGGAGAGCGACUACUACCUGGGCGGCUACGACAUUGACAGCGAGUACCCGCCCCCUCACGAAGAGGAGUUCUUGAGUCAGGACCAGCUGCCCCCUCCGCUGCCGGAGGACUUCCCAGACCAGUACGAGGCCCUGCCGCCCUCCCAGCCCGUCUCCCUGGCGGGCACCCUGAGCCCAGACUGCAGGAGGAGGCCCCAGUUCCACCCCAGCCAGUACCUCCCACCUCACCCGUUCCCCAACGAAGCAGAGCUGGGGGGCCCGCCCGCCGCCUGUGAAUUCAGUACUUUUGCCGUCCACAUGAACCCGGGCACCGAGACGGCGGGCCCCGCAGACAGCGUGUCUCUGUCUUUGCACAACUCCAGGGGCACCUCAUCCUCGGAUGUGUCGGCCGGCUGCGGCUUCGAGGAUGCCGACGUGGCCAUGAGUGACUACGAGAGCGUGGGCGAGCUCAGCCUGGCCAGCCUUCACAUCCCCUUUACGGAGACGCAACACCAGACCCAAGUAUAGGUGCUUUGCCCCAGCGGGUACGGAAGGAGGCUGGCUGGGCUUGUGUCUCCGUGCAGAGCCGUGUGCUGAGCGUGGAGGAAAUGCAGGUUAAUGACCUUCUUCUCAAGUCAAGCUGUUUCAAGUCAGUGGGUGAAAAAGGAAAAGGCUCAGAAAUUGUUUCUGAGAGGGGACUGAUCGCCCUUGUAGUAUGGUACCUGCAUUCACGAAUCAAGAAAGCUCGCCGAGGUUUUAAAGGGGGAAUACAUGGCACCCCCCAAGGUACACGUCGGUCUUGGAUGGCUUUGUGCAGUAUUGUGCCCUGGAAAGUAUUCCGGCAUCAGCCCUUGCAGUAUUAAUAACUGGCGACAGUGCGCAAAGAGGCAUGUGAUUUUCAGCCAAUGGUGGGGGAGAGGGAAUGGAAAUACUAGUUAUCAUGGUUGGAAAAGUUAGUCCCUUAGGCAAAAGAAAAGAAAAACAAGUAUUAUUAAACAAACAAGGAAAUGGGCGGGAGCCUUUAAAAAUCAACUUUUUUUUUUUUAAUAAGCUGCCCAAUUUUCAGCUAUAAAAUUAGGUUUAGGUAUCAUGUUUAGUAUGCUUAGUUAUUUUUUGUUUGUGUUAAGCAUCCAAUAUUAUCUAGUUGGGUUUUGUGAUCUUUGAGAAAGGUAUAGUGAAGAGGAACAAGAGGAUAUUUGGGUACCACUUUGUGGGCUGGGGGGCGUUAACAUUGUUCAAGCAUUAGAAAGAAUGUGAUUAUCUGUUUUCCCAUGAAACAUUCCUGGCUGUAACUACAAUUUUAACACUCUGGCAGCAAUUGGCCUUUCUUCUGAGAAUCGGGAAAUAAAAAUGGGGGUGGGGGAGUAGCAUUUUGGUACUUUAUUCCCUAGAAUGAGAGAUAUUUAGAGGUUUAAGCAGAAUUCACAGAUUUAGGGGGGGAAAUCAGAUAUAACACUUUCAAAGUUUUACAGGCAGAUAAUCACAAUUCUUGAUAAUGCAGAUACAAUUUGAGUGUUGUUCUACAUUGGUUAGCAUCACCACUCUAAGUCCAAUUGUGUUUGUAGAGAAGUAGAUUCGUUUUUGUGUAUAAAUUAUAAUAGUGUGCGUGUGUCUGGCCCAUGUGCUUGCACUCAGUAAGGCUGCUCUUGAGGACCGAGAACGUGGGCGUCUUAGGCUAUGGACUCAAAAUGCUGCCUGUGAGGCGGACCUUCCAGUUUCUCUGAUCUCUGUGAUGUCAGAGAAACACCAAACGCCAUAUUUUACUCUGGUUCAGUUAACCUUAUUUUGGUACUGCCAUUUAUAUUAACUUAAAGCAAAACUGUGCUUUUAAAAACAAACAAACAAAAAAAAAAACACACAACAGUAUUUUGUUAUUUUCUGGAACUAAACUCUUGUUUGAAAAAUGUGUAAUGUUUCAUUACCCCCUGGGGUUCUCCUCUAUCUGACAUGUGGACUUUGGCCGCAGUUUUCCAAAACUGACAGGGGAAUCAUCCCCCUGGAAGUACAAUAACUCAGCAAUCGAAGGUGAAUGUUAAGACGUUGAGUGACUUUCCUCUUUCGCUUCAAUCAGAUGGUGGCUGCGGGUGCGGUGGCCAUGGUAAGUAAAUGCAUAUUUGCACUAUCUGCUUCAUGAGCAACUCUGUGUCCAGUUUCUGAUGACACGUGGCAUUGGUGUGUAAUUGUGCCGUCCCAAGUCUGCAUAUCACCUACUCAGACACAUUUUUAGUUGUUUCAGUUAUAUUGAAUCCACUUCUUUGUAGGAGUCAAUGUUUCUGAAGUUUGUUGUGUUUUUUUUAAAAAAAAAAAAACAAUUCCUUUUCAUUGUCAAGCUUCCUGAGUCCACGGAUACAUUUCACAAAUGUUUCGGCUUUUCUCCUCUUCCUGUCUCUUGCUUAGACCUACUCGCCGAAGCAUUAUCUGCACCGGGGGCUUGAAAUGCAUGCAUUUCAACCAGGCUGCUUUGCAGGAUAAAAAUCUUUGGUAUUUUUUUCUUACGUAAGAAGCACAUUUGCCAGAAUCAUGGAGAAAAUGACGAGCUAAUGGUCUAGAAUGGAAUCACUGCUACACUUUUUAAUGAUGCGAUGUCAUAAAAACCAUCAAAGUAAAACCAACAAUUCAUUUCUCGCCCCCAGGAAAUAUGAGAAGGAGAUUAAUGCCAGCAAGUCACUAUUGCUUACACAGCAUCCCCUGUGGGGAGAAUGCCUGACUGACACUGUAAUGAAGGAAUAAAUAGAACCUAAUGCGGUUGUGAAGUCACCCAGGAAAACUGUGCCCUCCCUUGGCUCUGACCUAUAUAAAAUACCUCUUUCAUCAGGAGAGCUUCUCUGGCUUUCUGCAGAGUAGCUCUGCAGCUAAAUGUGUACCAGACAAGCAUGGUAUGCUUUUAUUCAUCACCCUGUGAACACAUAGCUUUCCACUUUCUGGAAAAUUGGACUUCCCUGUAGAGUAUGAAAUGGUGUCCCGUCAGAUGGAACUAGGUGGGAUGUCUGCUGAUUUCAAGAUCUGGAAGGGUCCUUAAGAUUUGUCCAGCCCUCUUGUUUUUGUAAAAGAGGGAACAUGUCCAAGGAGGGGAAGGCUCUAGCCCAACCUCACUCAGGAGGUUAAGUAGCUGGACACCCAUUUGGCCAAUAUUCUUUCCAUGUGACAUUGGUCACUGCCAUACUGCAUGGGACAUGGCAUCUGCUGGACCUUCUGACUUCCCACCAUUCUUGCUUAGAAAUCCUGGAGAUUAUGUUUUUGGAAGUCUCAUGAGUGAGAUUUUUUUUUUUUUUUUGAAGCCUCAUGACCUCAUGUUGCCUAACAGCUCCGCUAGGGAGCGUACAGUUACAGGAUUCACACAUUUCUUUGAUAGGUAUCAAAAGCUGCUUUUACCAAAUGAAUAUUUUCUAAAUUGAGGAUGGAAAGAUCAUUACAGAAUGGAACCCAGACUGGUCAUCAAUUAUGGUGAUACUCAGUGUAUGAGAUGACCGACUAGGUGCAUUUUGGUUCUUCCUUUUUUUUCCCAUAGCAGGCCUGGUGUCUGUUCCCACUCCCGCCACUGUGCUGAACCGCGUGGAAAUGAUUGAAGCCAAUUAGUGUUUUCAUGUUCUGCUCACAUGUAUGUGCCGCCCCCUGGAAGCCAAUGCCAUGGCCUGCUGUAGGCACUUUACCUGUAUGGUGCACAUUCUGGUUAGAAUGGAUGUUUGUCCCAUGGGAAGCAGGCUCUGGGGCUGUAAAGGGUGAAUGAAGUAGGUGUGGCUGCUGAGUUCAUUCCAUGCCAGCUUCCCAUGUACUCACGUCCUGCCCAUUCACAAAGCACCACUGCAGAAGACUUAGCAAUAGGAGUAGGUCAAGCCCGAGCAAUGGUUUGCCCUAUCAGAGAACCAGUGUGAAGGCCCAGAAAGGGAAUUGAUGCUGCAUUCCUGGAACUUCCCUGGGAUUCCCCUUAGGAAUCACUAAUACAGCCUCGAAAAAGGCAAGUAAGAUAUACAGGGGUGAGUAAAAGUAGGUUGACAGUUGUUUGUAUGGAAAUAUAUAUAUAUAUAUAAUUCAAGAAUAAAUAGUACAAGGAUAAACUCCGUUCCACAUACUCACAACUAAAAACAUCAACUAUCUCCUGUUUACUUCCAUCCCCACCCCACCUCCACUGUCCCCAUUAAUGCUGUGUCUACAUAAUCAAAGUCAGGAAAUUGAGGAAAGAUAUAGCAAAAUAAAUCAUUUGAGGUCCAGAAAACUCUUUCAUAUGAGAAAAUUCAGGAAGACUUAGUGUUCACUUUGCAAGGGUCAGCCAGAUGAUUAUCUCUUCUCUUUCCUCUGCUUCCCUUCCAAGACACAGAUAUUGAUAAAGUGAUUAGGCUUUUAUGUCUUAUUUUUUUUUAGCUUCAAACUAUGGAGCAUGGGGCUUGGGAAAGGCAUUUCUUCAGCAUCAUCAUUUUGUGUGGUCUGUGAGCAGGUGGUUCCGUGUUUUCCCCGGGUUUUGUCCUGUGAUGUUCAACUGCACAUUAUUCUGGUGAAAAUCCACAGUGUCUUGAAGCUUCUGGUUGUAUAAUUCUAGGGUUUAAAGUCACCACUGGUGGCUUUGGCAUUGGUUACUAUUUAGCCAAUUGGCUAAGAGGUAGGAAAAGAAUGGAGGUUUUCUUUCCUUAGGUAAUAAUGAAAGCAAUAAUUACAAGUAUGUAAUAUUACACAAAGGCCAUAAUAAGUCUCUUCCAAUGUUUAGGAUGCACUAGAGAAUCAUACAGUCACCUGGAGCGUGUUUGGACCCAUUAGUAUGUACUGUAGUACCCUUCCAGCAAGCCAAUACCUGAAUUGCUACUAUUGAACAAUUUUAUGAGCCCAUACUACUGCAUUUCGGAAAGUGAGAAAUGUGUGGGGAACGGAAGCAGUUCUUUGGAAGCACUGUACUGGAGAGAUUGUCUUGUAAAUGUACCUGUUGCAAACAGGCCGGUUUGUAAAAGAUGUAUGUUUUGGUGUUAAAAAUGUUUAUAAAAUUGUAUAUAACGGUUUCAAUUUUCCAAGCUUUUGUAGAUAACUGUAUUUGAUGCCUAUCAGGAUGCUUUAAUUUGGGGGUUCGAAUACAUUUCUAAGUCAUCCAUGCUGUUGGUCUGCAACCAUGCUGAGGUCACACCAUGCAGUCACAUAAAAGGAUGUGGGGUUUGAAAAUGGUGUUUCUUAAUCAUUUCAAAAUGUACUGUCAGCAUCCUUUGGUUCUACCGUUUCCAUUCAACUUUCUCUGUUUUCAAGCAAAUGUUCUUAUUGGCAGUUUUUAAACGAGUGUGUUUUGCCCAGUUACUCCGUCCCUAAUAUCAAUGCCAUUUCAGAUUCAGACUGAAACAUAUCAUGUCUUCACACACAUGUGCACUCACCUCAACUUGCACACACACAUCACACACCAAACCUUAUGCAAAGGGGAAAGCCAACACUUGAGGUAAAUCUUGCCCCUGGUGGAAGUGGAGUGUUUCUGCAUCUAUUGCUGUUGGCAGGAUUCGUCUGGUGUUCUUUUUAUA